CCACCCUCCCCAAUUUCCACUCCCCCCCCACCCCACUUCGCGUACCGCGGUCGGGUCCGCGCCCUGCGUUGCGGCGGUCCCCGCGGUUCCUUGGAAGCAGAAACUCCCCUUCCCCCCCCGUCCCCCGGUCCCAGUCCCCGUCCAGUCGCUGACGUGAAGAUGAGCAGCUCAGAGGAGGUGUCCUGGAUUUCCUGGUUCUGUGGGCUUCGUGGCAAUGAAUUCUUCUGUGAAGUGGAUGAAGAUUAUAUCCAGGACAAAUUCAAUCUCACUGGACUCAAUGAGCAGGUGCCUCACUAUCGACAAGCUUUAGACAUGAUCUUGGACCUGGAGCCUGAUGAAGAGCUGGAAGACAACCCCAACCAGAGUGACCUGAUUGAGCAGGCAGCUGAAAUGCUCUAUGGAUUGAUCCACGCCCGCUAUAUCCUCACCAACCGUGGCAUCGCCCAGAUGUUGGAAAAGUACCAGCAGGGAGACUUUGGUUACUGUCCCCGUGUGUACUGUGAGAACCAGCCAAUGCUUCCCAUCGGCCUUUCGGACAUCCCAGGUGAGGCCAUGGUGAAGCUCUACUGCCCCAAGUGCAUGGACGUGUACACACCCAAGUCAUCGAGGCACCACCACACGGAUGGCGCCUACUUCGGCACCGGUUUCCCUCACAUGCUCUUCAUGGUGCACCCUGAGUACCGGCCCAAGAGGCCCGCCAACCAGUUUGUGCCCAGGCUCUACGGUUUCAAGAUCCAUCCGAUGGCCUACCAGCUGCAGCUCCAAGCGGCCAGCAACUUCAAGAGUCCAGUCAAGACGAUUCGCUGAUUCCCCACCCCACCUGUCCCCAGUCUUUUGACACUUUCAUUCCUUUGCUGCCACCCUUUCAGGAACCCUCUGUGGUUUUUAGUUUAAAUUAAAGGAGUCAUUAUUGUGGUGGGAAUAUGAAAUAAAGUGGAAGAAAAGGCC